AUGAGCAGAGCAAGUAAAAUUACAUUAGGGCUGUCGUGUCUAUUCACCGCGACAACGGUGAUCGGAGUUCAUAUGGUGCAAGAGAUGGAACGCGACGUGUUGCGGCAGGGUCCCAUUAAGGACGCACAGCGGGUGGCCGAAAAACACAAGACAGAUGCUAUUGACCCGUCCAAGCAGAGAAAACGGCUGUUCAACCAAAGUGAACACGAAGUGCAGAAGGAGUUGCGUAAAAAAUACGAGGCCAUCCAGCCUUUGAGCGGUGAAAUUCUUACGAAAGACGGUCAGAUCGUGCCGAAAAAUGAAAAUCGCGAGGAGUCAGCAAAGUAA